AUGGUAAAUGCAAACGAGUGGUUAAAUAAAAAAAUUCCGGAAGAUGAAAGGGAGCGAGCAACAACUCUUUACAUCUACAGUAAAUGUCAAUGUGCGCUUGAAACAUCGCCUCCAUGUGGAGAUUCUGAGAGAGCUCCAUUGCAUCAAUUUGGAUAUUCUGAGAGAGCUCCAUUGCAUCAGAGAGCUCCAUUGCAUCAAUUUGGAUAUUCUGAGGAAGUUCCAGUGCGUUCACGUGGAUAUUCUGGGACAGCUCCACUGACUCCUGCACAUGGCUUUGGUGGACUUAGAGCCCCACUUCCCAUGACCCCGUCGGCUUUAAGUGCAUGUCAACAUUGGUUUAAUAAAGAUCAAAAUAAUUGUUACACCGCUCCAGAUUAUUGUUUUUGCAAUGUUAUUUUGGAAGGAGAGCUAGAUCUUAAUGACUUUGUUAAUUUGAAAAUACUACAUCUUGAAGGUAUUGAGCAAAACAACCAACAACAAAAGUUAACUAAGUUAAAGGUGGAUAAAUGUAUUAAGUUAACUGAAAUUACGAUUAAUCAUACAACACUUGGUUAUUUAAGUUUAGGUAGGAAACCAAAAUUGCAACGCACUAAUUUCAUUGGCAACAAACAACUUAUUUUUUGUGAUAGUGUAUUAAUGAAUCAAGUAGAAAGAUUAACUAGUUUGAUUCAAAAUACUAAAGUCAUUAAUCUUGGUGAUUUAAAAUUGGUGCUUAAGAAAAUAGAAGAGGAGAAUUUAAAUUAUAAGUUAGAUGUUACUAAAAGUAAUCUGGAUAAAAAUGAUCAGUUUGUGUUGGAAAGUUUAGUAGAAGCACAGCAAGAAGUUUUACAGAAUAACAACGCUUAUGCCCGUAAACAAUUAGAAAAAUGUAAAAAAAAAUUAGCUGAGGUGCUACCUGAUGAAGAGAUUCACUACAUUUUGGGCAAAACAGUAGAAAUUCAUGAGUUGGAAACUCAAUUAAAUAAAUAA